AAAAGGCCUUUGGUGGUUCAGUUGAAGGUAAGAGCCGUUUUACACCACUUGAGGGACAGUUGCUAUGAGAUCCGGACACCGUAGGUCCACAAUCCCGGCACAGUCCUGUUCUCGUCCCUCUCGCUCCUCUCGCUCAGCCCCACGAUCCGUACACGGGCCCCGGGGAGCUUCCGGCUGAUGAGGGAAUGGGAACCGAUGGAUCUCAGACAGAGCUGAGCUCCAACUAUCUAAAUGCAAGGAUUGGAAACUCGGAGAAAGGAACAAAAUCUUUUACAUCACCAGAAUUGAGAGAGAAGAGAGAAGAAGAACGUAAGUUUGGAAAAUGGACCAUAUCGAGAAGAGGUUAAUGGAGGAAGUCCGAAAAUAUGUACAUUUGUACGACUCUUCAUCGCCAGACUAUAAAGACUGCCAAAUGGCAUCAAAUUCGUGGAAAGAAAUUUCCAAAAACAUUGGUCUGGACGUCACGGAAUGCACAAAGAGAUGGAAAAACUUGAGGGACAAGUACGUGCGCGCCCGGAAAAGACUCUCCAAGAGGAGCGGGGACCGAGGCAGAAAAAACAAAAUGCCAGUGUUUUAUUUGCCUCUUUCCUGGCUGGCACCACAUAUUAAGCACCGGGAAACAGAAUCAAAUUAUGACGACAACAAGGAUGGAAAUGAUUUGACCUCAGGGUUGUCCACCUCGUCAGUUGCUGAGGAAAACCAACCAGCGGGCAUUCCAUCUUCACGUGCAGAAUCAUCAUCAAGUAGUGAGACAUCCCCUCUGUCCCCCAGCCCAAGGACAACACAGAAGAGGAAGAGGAAAGGACAUGACUGGUUUCAGAAGCAGGUCGCCCAGUUGGAUGAACGUACGGUGGAACUGCAACAUAGACUGUUGCAGGAAAAUGAUGAGUUCUCCAGGUUUGGGCAAACAGUUGCAGACAUGCUGCGGAGGCUGCCGGAGGAGCACAGGCCACAGGCAAUGUUUGAUGUCCACAAGCUACUAUUUGAGAGGCAGCAGCAGAAACGAUAA